AUGGCUUCCGCCGACUCCCCCGUUGCCAAUCACGUCGACGAUGCCGCCGCCUUGAACGAGUCUAUGAAUCAGCUCAACCUCGGUGAUAGAGACAAUGAGCCUCCCAAGACCGAGGAAGAAUACGCCCAGUCGCAAUUGACCCUUCGAGCUAUCGUCUCAACCAAGGAGGCGGGCGUUAUCAUUGGUAAACAGGGAAAGAAUGUGGCCGACUUGCGCGAAGAGACUGGUGUCAAGGCUGGCGUCAGUAAGGUCGUGCAGGGUGUUCAUGAUCGUGUCCUGACUGUCACUGGACCCCUGUCCGGCAUCGCAAAGGCAUACGCCCUCGUUGCCAAGGGCCUUUUGGAAGGAGCGCCGCAGGUGGGUAUGGGAGGGGUUAUUCAGAGCAAUGGAACUCAUCCUAUCCGCCUUCUCAUCUCCCACAACCAGAUGGGCACUAUAAUUGGCCGACAAGGCUUGAAGAUCAAGCACAUCCAAGACGUCUCCGGAGUUCGCAUGGUCGCUCAGAAGGAAAUGCUUCCACAAUCGACCGAGCGUAUUGUUGAAGUCCAGGGUACCCCUGAAGGCAUCGACAAGGCCGUCUGGGAAAUUGGGAAGUGCUUGGUUGAUGAUUGGCAACGUGGCACUGGAACAGUUCUGUAUAAUCCCGCUGUCCGCGUCCAGGUUGGCUCGGGACCCCUUCCUCCUGCUGUUGGUGGUGGCGGUGGUGCAAUCGCCGGCGGUGGUUAUUCUGCCGGCGGUCGGCCCUAUAACCGCACAGGAAACGGCGCCGAUUUCAGCGAAACACGCUCCUACAACCGCGGUAGCGAUGCGCCUCGAGGCGGCGGAAUUCCAAUGGUCACGGAAGAUGGGGAGGAAGUUCAAACCCAGAACAUCAGCAUUCCUGCCGAUAUGGUCGGCUGCAUUAUUGGACGGGGUGGAUCCAAGAUCAGCGAAAUCAGGAAGACCUCUGGCGCCAGAAUCUCAAUUGCAAAAGCACCUCAUGACGAGACUGGUGAGCGUAUGUUCACCAUCAUGGGCAGUGCAAGCGCGAAUGAGCGGGCUCUGUAUCUCUUGUAUGAGAACCUAGAAGCGGAGAAGGGACGCAGACAACAGGCCUCUUCGGAGUAG